UGUUCAAUGGCCAAAACGAUUUCAACACAAGCGUCGAAACUUCGUUGUCAGGCGUAACAUCACUGUAGCCGUAAUUCAAAAUCCUGAUUUUUAUACUUGCGUCAGCAAAAUUUCUCCCACAUGAGUGCCUUUCAGGCUUCCGAAAAUGCAGCUGAAACAUAUGAAGACUCUUUAACCCCGCAGGACAGCAUUGCCAAAGUGACGUGCAUGGCAUGGGCUCCAGAUAAUACCAAGUUUGCUGUCUGCACCAUUGACAGAGUGGUGUUGCUCUUUGAUGAUCAUGGAGAAAAGAAGGACAAGUUCUCCACAAAGCCUCUAGACUCCAAGGUAAGACAGACGGAAUCAGCCGUGCCUGCGGCACCGUUCACAUUUCUGGCUGAAAGGUAAUGUGAUCCAAAAUUUUUUCAUCUACGACUGCAGUUCAUAUUUGUAAGUUUACUAGGUCCAUGUCAGUGGUUUUUAUGUUUGUGGACCCAUAAGGGUUAAGCAGUGGUCACCUCACAGUGUGUACCUCUACUGUGAAAUUAUGAGUAGCGUUGAGUAUCACACCUUUCCUCAGCUCCAUGCCACAGUCUUAUGUAUUGAUGCCCGUGAGUAAACAUAAUUUAAUCUCCUUAAAA